AUGUCGUCCUUUCACCCGCCUCCGCCUCCUCCAGGCUGGGGGCCGCCAGGACAACCUCCUCCACCGCCUCCACCUCCAGGCCCUCCGUCCGAUUAUCUCCCUCCACCACCUGGAGUGCCAGCACCUCCCCCGCCGGGCUACCGACCUCCCACAGAUCCGCAGAUUGCCAAGUUCGCGCAAAAGAAGAAGGAAUGGCUUCGGACGCAACGGAACCGUUUCGGCGAGAAGCGCAAGGGGGGGUUCGUCGAGACCCAGAAGGCAGAUAUGCCUCCCGAGCAUCUACGUAAGAUCGUUAAAGAUAUUGGAGACGUGUCGCAGAAGAAGUACACAAGCGACAAGCGAAGCUAUUUAGGCGCCUUGAAAUACAUGCCGCACGCAGUCAUGAAGCUUUUAGAGAACAUGCCUAUGCCAUGGGAAUCGGCCAGAGAAGUCAAGGUGCUAUACCAUGUCAACGGCUGCUUGACCUUGGUAAACGAGACGCCUCGAGUCAUCGAGCCCGUAUUCCAUGCGCAAUGGGCCACCAUGUGGAUUACGAUGCGGAAAGAGAAGAGUGAUCGAAGGCUGUUCAAGCGCAUGCGCUUCCCGCCCUUCGACGACGAGGAGCCUCCCUUGUCAUGGUCCGAGAACAUUGAGGACGUCGAACCAUUGGAGCCAAUACAGAUGGACCUCGACGAGGAGGAAGAUGCAGCCGUCUAUGAAUGGCUGUAUGACCACAGGCCAUUAAUAGAUACCUCCCACGUCAAUGGGCCGAGCUACAAAACGUGGAACUUGUCCCUGCCGCAGAUGGCAGCAUUACACCGACUCAGCCGGCCGCUAUUGACAGAUACCGUCGACCGAAACUACUUCUACUUAUUUGAGAUGAAGAGUUUCCUUACUGCAAAGGCUCUCAACGUCGCACUGCCCGGUGGACCGCGUUUUGAACCCCUUUACAAGGAUAUUAAUCCGAAUGACGAAGACUUUGGCGAGUUCAAUGCCAUUGACAGGAUCAUCUUCCGCUCUCCGAUCCGCACCGAGUCCAGGGUCGCAUAUCCUUAUCUUUAUAAUUCCCUCCCGCGAAGUGUUCAACUGAACUGGUACUCUCAUCCUCAAAUUGUACACACCAAGGCAGAUACUAACAUGCCCGCUUUUCAUUUCGACCCGUCUAUCAACCCAAUUUCCUCGCGCUCUGUGGCGCCGAAGAACUUGUCUAUUAGUCAUGAGGAUGAGCUGUUCGGAGAAGGCAACAACGAGGAGCCUGAAGAAGAUGCCUUUGAACUACCUGCUGGGGUAGAGCCUUUCUUGGCCGACGAAGAACUGUAUAAUGACGACACAGCUUCCGCCAUUGCCCUAUGGUGGGCUCCAUUCCCAUUCGAUCGGCGGUCUGGCCGCAUGGUUCGCGCCCAAGAUGUUCCUUUAGUCAAGCAGUGGUACAUGGAGCAUUGCCCGCCAAAGCAGCCGGUCAAGGUCCGAGUGUCUUACCAGAAGCUCCUGAAGACCUUCGUUCUCAAUGAGGUUCACACGAAGAAGGCCAAGGCGAUGAACAAGCAGAAUCUAUUCAAAACCUUGAAGCACACGAAGUUCUUCCAGCAGACGACGAUUGACUGGGUUGAAGCUGGUCUGCAAGUCUGCCGGCAAGGUUUCAACAUGCUGAACCUCCUCAUUCACCGAAAGAACCUGACAUAUCUCCACCUUGAUUACAAUUUCAACUUGAAACCGGUCAAGACCUUAACAACCAAGGAGCGGAAGAAGUCGCGAUUUGGAAACGCAUUCCACUUGAUGCGAGAAAUUUUGAGGUUGACAAAGCUUAUUGUGGAUGCGCAGGUGCAGUAUCGACUGGGUAAUAUCGAUGCUUUCCAACUGGCUGAUGGUAUUCUAUAUGCCUUCAACCAUGUGGGCCAACUCACCGGUAUGUACCGAUACAAGUACAAGCUGAUGCAUCAAAUCCGAUCCUGUAAGGAUCUGAAGCAUCUAAUCUACUACCGCUUCAAUAGUGGCCCAGUGGGCAAAGGACCUGGAUGUGGCUUCUGGGCGCCGGCUUGGAGAGUAUGGCUUUUCUUCAUGAGAGGAAUUAUCCCGUUGCUUGAGCGAUGGCUUGGAAACUUGCUAUCCCGGCAGUUUGAGGGCCGUCACAGCAAGGGAGUUGCCAAGACAGUAACAAAGCAACGUGUCGAGUCCCACUACGAUCUUGAGCUUCGCGCUUCGGUCAUGGCCGAUCUCAUGGACAUGAUGCCGGAAGGAAUCAAGCAGAACAAGGUCAACACAGUACUCCAGCAUCUUUCAGAAGCCUGGAGGUGCUGGAAGAGUAACAUUCCUUGGAAGGUUCCCGGUCUGCCUGCACCUGUCGAGAACAUCAUCCUUCGAUACGUCAAGUCUAAGGCCGAUUGGUGGAUCUCAGUUGCCCAUUACAAUCGUGAGCGAAUUCGCAGAGGCGCCACCGUUGACAAGACCGUUGCCAAGAAGAAUGUUGGCCGCUUAACCCGACUUUGGCUCAAGGCAGAACAGGAACGCCAGCACAACUACAUGAAGGAUGGCCCUUACGUAUCCUCGGAAGAGGCUGUGGCUAUCUACACUACUACUGUUCAUUGGCUUGAGUCCCGAAAGUUUACUCCUAUCCCUUUCCCAAGUGUAUCAUACAAGCACGACACCAAGAUCUUGAUUCUUGCUCUUGAACGAUUGAGGGAAGCAUACUCCGUCAAGGGCCGGCUCAAUCAAAGUCAACGUGAGGAGCUUGCCCUAAUCGAGCAGGCGUACGACAGCCCUGGGACUACCUUGGAGCGGAUCAAGCGCUUCCUUCUCACCCAGCGUGCCUUCAAGGAGGUUCAAAUCGACAUGAAUGACAACUACAACACGAUCAAUCCAGUAUACGACAUCGAGCCUAUCGAGAAAAUCAGUGACGCGUAUCUCGACCAGUAUCUAUGGUACCAAGCUGACCAGCGACACUUGUUCCCGAAUUGGAUCAAGCCUUCCGACUCGGAAGUGCCGCCCCUGCUUGUGUACAAAUGGGCCCAGGGUAUCAACAACCUGGAUAGAGUUUGGGAGACCGAGAAUGGCGAAUGCAACGUUAUGAUCGAAACCGAACUAUCCAAGGUUUACGAGAAGAUGGACCUGACACUUUUGAACCGUCUUUUGAGACUGAUUAUGGACCACAAUCUUGCCGACUACAUCACAGCCAAGAAUAACGUCCAAUUGACGUACAAGGACAUGAACCAUGUCAACAGCUAUGGUAUGAUCCGUGGUCUCCAAUUCUCGGGCUUCGUCUUCCAAUUCUACGGUUUGGUCCUGGAUCUUCUCCUGCUUGGGUUGAACCGAGCCAGCGAGAUCGCUGGGCCACCGAACAGCCCCAACGACUUCUUGCAGUUCCGUGAUCGUGAGACAGAAUCCAAGCACCCGAUUCGUUUAUACACAAGAUACAUUGACAAGAUCUGGGUUUUCUUGCGCUUCACUGCGGAUGAGUCCAGGGAUCUUAUCCAGCGUUUCUUGACGGAGCAACCUGAUCCCAACUUCGAGAACGUCAUUGGGUACAAGAGCAAGAAGUGCUGGCCAAGAGACUCGAGAAUGCGAUUGAUGAGACAUGAUGUCAAUCUUGGCAGGGCUGUGUUCUGGGACUUGAAGAACCGCCUUCCUCGGUCUGUGACCACUAUUGACUGGGACGACACUUUCGCCAGUGUUUACAGUAGAGAUAACCCCAACUUGCUCUUCUCGAUGUGCGGCUUUGAAGUUCGCAUUUUGCCCAAGAUCCGCAACCAGAACGAUGAAUUCCCCAUCAAGGAUAGCGUUUGGUCUUUAGUAGACAACACGACUAAGGAGCGCACAGCCCACGCCUUCCUACAAGUCACCGAGGAGGACAUCCAGAAGUUUAACAACCGCAUUCGCCAGAUCCUGAUGUCCUCUGGAUCCACAACCUUCACCAAAAUUGCCAACAAAUGGAACACUGCAUUGAUUGCCUUGUUCACUUACUACCGCGAGGCGGCGGUAUCGACCGUCAAUCUUCUCGACACCAUUGUCAAGUGUGAAACGAAAAUCCAGACUCGAGUUAAGAUAGGUCUCAACUCAAAGAUGCCGUCCCGGUUCCCACCAGCUGUAUUCUACACGCCCAAGGAACUCGGUGGUCUGGGUAUGAUCUCGGGUUCUCACAUAUUGAUCCCAGCAAGCGAUAAGCGAUGGUCAAAGCAGACCGAUCUUGGUGUGACCCAUUACCGAGCCGGUAUGACGCACGACGAAGAGACGCUUAUUCCCAACAUCUUCAGAUACAUUAUCCCGUGGGAAGCUGAAUUCAUCGACUCACAGCGAGUUUGGACUGAAUAUUCCCAGAAGCGAUUGGAAGCCAAUCAACAGAACCGACGUCUCACGCUGGAGGAUCUUGAGGACAGUUGGGAUCGAGGUUUACCUCGAAUCAACACUCUUUUCCAGAAGGACCGAAGUACCCUCAGCUUCGACAAGGGCUUCCGCACCAGAAGCGAGUUCAAGGUCUAUCAGCUAAUGAAGAGCAAUCCGUUCUGGUGGACAAGCCAGCGACACGACGGCAAACUCUGGAAUUUGAACGCGUACCGAACGGAUGUCAUUCAAGCCCUUGGCGGUGUUGAGACCAUUCUGGAGCACACUUUGUUCAAGGCGACUGGCUUCCCGUCCUGGGAGGGUCUCUUCUGGGAGAAGGCAUCCGGUUUCGAAGAGUCAAUGAAGUUCAAGAAGCUGACGAAUGCCCAAAGAUCUGGUCUGAACCAGAUACCCAACCGUCGUUUCACUCUCUGGUGGUCGCCAACUAUCAACAGAGCCAACGUUUACGUUGGUUUCCAAGUUCAACUUGAUCUUACUGGCAUUUUCUUGCACGGCAAAAUUCCAACUCUGAAGAUCUCGCUCAUUCAAAUCUUCCGUGCUCACUUGUGGCAGAAGAUCCACGAGUCCGUAGUCAUGGAUCUUUGCCAGGUGUUCGACCAAGAACUUGAGUCCCUUGGUAUUGAGACCGUUCAAAAGGAGACAAUCCAUCCUCGCAAGUCCUACAAGAUGAACAGCUCCUGCGCCGAUAUUCUACUAUUUGCCAGCAACAAGUGGAAUGUUACGCGACCAUCGCUCUUGUACGACACCAAAGACACCAUCGAGCCAGCCACAACCAACAAAUUUUGGCUGGAUGUGCAGCUCCGAUAUGGUGAUUAUGACUCUCAUGACAUUGAACGAUACACUCGCGCCAAGUACCUCGAUUACACCAACGACAGCAUGAGUAUUUAUCCUUCGCCUACUGGUCUCAUGGUUGGUAUCGACCUUGCCUACAACUUGUAUUCGGCCUAUGGUCAAUACUUCCCUGGUCUGAAGGUUCUUGUCCAACAAGCCAUGGCCAAGGUCAUGAAAGCCAAUCCUGCGCUCUAUGUCCUUCGUGAGCGUAUUCGCAAGGGUUUGCAGCUGUACGCUUCGGAGAGCAACCAGGAGUUCCUGAACUCGCAAAACUACUCCGAGUUGUUUAGCAACCAGACAAAGCUCUUCAUUGAUGACACCAACGUGUAUCGUGUCACCAUCCACAAGACAUUCGAGGGCAACUUGACCACCAAACCCAUCAACGGUGCAAUCUUUAUUUUCAACCCGCGAACUGGCCAGUUAUUCUUGAAGAUCAUUCAUACCAGUGUCUGGGCUGGGCAAAAGCGUCUUGGACAGUUGGCCAAAUGGAAAACGGCUGAAGAAGUUGCUGCCCUCAUCAGGUCUUUGCCGGUGGAAGAACAGCCGAAGGAGCUGAUCGUCACUCGAAAGGGUCUUCUUGAUCCGCUCGAGGUGCAUUUGCUCGACUUCCCUAACAUAUCUAUCCGGGCUUCCGAACUGCAGCUUCCAUUCCAGGCAGCAAUGAAGGUUGAGAAGUUAGGUGACAUGAUCCUGCGUGCCACUGAACCUCAAAUGGUGCUCUUCAAUCUGUAUGAUGAGUGGCUUAAGAGCAUCUCUUCGUACACUGCUUUCUCGCGUUUGGUCCUCAUCCUGCGUGCUCUUCAUGUCAAUCCGGACAAGACGAAGCUCGUUCUCCGACCUGACAAGACUGUCAUUACCCAGGAGCAUCACAUCUGGCCCACGUUGUCUGACGAGGAUUGGAUCAAGGUUGAAACGCAGCUUCGUGAUCUCAUUCUCCAUGACUAUGGCAAGAAGAACAAUGUCAACGUUUCUAGCUUGACCAGCAGUGAAGUCAGAGACAUCAUCCUCGGUAUGGAGAUCUCAGCGCCAUCAAUGCAACGCCAGCAAGCAGCGGAGAUCGAGAAGCAGCAACAAGAGCAACAGCAACUAACGGCCACCACGACUAAGACACAGAACAAGCUUGGCGAGGAGAUCAUUGUGACUACCACGUCCCAGUUUGAGCAGCAGACAUUUGCAUCUAAAACAGAAUGGCGAACCCGUGCCAUUGCGACAUCCAACUUGCGCACCCGGUCCAACAAUAUCUAUGUGUCAUCCGUGGACAACGAGCUUGAUGAUAUUACCUACGUCAUGCCUAACAACGUGCUCAAGAAGUUCAUCACUAUUGCGGACCUCCGCGUCCAAGUUGCGGGAUACCUGUACGGUUCUUCAGCGCCCGAUAAUGACCAAGUCAAAGAAAUCCGCUGCAUCGUCAUGGUGCCGCAAAUCGGCGGUCUACGCAACGUACAACUCCCGCAUGAGCUUCCGUCGCAUGAGUACCUCAACUCUAUGGAGCCUCUAGGUGUCAUUCACACCAUAGCCGGAAACGAGCUCCCCUACAUGUCUGCCGCUGACGUGACUGAACAUGCGCGUCUCUUGGACCGGUUUUCGGCGUUGGACAAGGAUAAAUCCAUCACGGUUGACGUGUCUUUCACACCAGGUUCGGUCUCGCUUUCUGCCUGGGGACUCACCCCACAAGGUUACGGCUGGGGUGCAGAGAACAAGGACAUCGGCAGCGACCAGCCACAGGGAUUUGCGACCAACAUGGGUAUCAAGCGGAAGCUGUUACUGAGUCCAAGAUACAAAGGCUACUUCCUUGUGCCGGUGGACGGCAAAUGGAAUUACAGCUUCAUGGGUAGCGCUUUCACAGGGCUGGAAAAGAAGAAGGUCGAGGUCAAGCUCGAUACUCCCACCGGAUUCUAUGCCGACGCCCAUCGUCCGACACAUUUCCAGAACUUUGCUGAGCUGGAAGACAUUGGUGUUGAUCGUGAUGAUCAAUUUGCGUAG